AUUUAAUACAAAGCUUUGUGGGAGAUGACUUCUCUAAUAAUGAUUUUGUUGAUUUUUGUUUCCAUAUCAUUGGUAUAUUGUGAAAAUAAUACAGCUUUAACCUCUCAAAACACAACAUUAGGUACUCCAACAUUAAAUGAAACCACUAUUCAAGUUUCAACAUCAUUGGUCAACAACAAUACUCUUGUUUUGGUUCCUACUUCGUCUUCAGUUAUCAAAGCUUCAAUAAAUACUUCAUCAACUUUGGUUCCAAAAGCUAAAACUACAAAUUCAUCAAAAAAACAUGCAAAAGUUGUUGUUUGUGGAAAUAACACUUGUUCAAUGUAUGAGGAAUGCAACGCUACAUCCAACAAAUGCUAUUGUCCUUCUUCUGCAAGUCUUCAUAAAGAUGAGCCAGUUUGUGGUUCUGAUGGGCAUGUGUACAAAAGUUAUGCAGAAUUAAAAAUGAAAGCAUGCAAACACAAAAGCAAUGUCACUAAAGUUGAUAAAGAUUACUGCAAAAGUCGACAUAAAAAAUCUUCUAAUAAGAAAACCAUCACUAUAAUUGUAAUCAUCAGUUUACUUUUGAUCCUAGUUUUGAUCAUUGUUGUUGUCCUCUUCCUUAAAAAAAGAAGAGAAGCGCUGAGCAUAUCUGAACCUAAAAAAGAUAAAUCGAAAGAUGCGCUUUUGUAGAUAAACUAAUAACUUUUAUUAUUGUUUUUUGCAGUAUGUUGCACAGUCCGAAACAUCUUUUGUAUAUAGUUUUAUCCUUAGCGCUGGACGAUUCGUCUUCUUAUCUUCUUUAUCUUCUUAUCUCGGACAUUAUUUUUAGCUAAAGAUUUUAAACUUUUUUGAACUACAUUAUUUUUUCUCUUUGAUUUGUUUUUAAGUUGCAUUGCAAAUGCUUUAGGAACAAUAGAUUUUUAACAAUUGAAAUGUUUUACAUUACUAGCUAGGAAAAAUUUGUUUUUAAAAUAGGUUUUUUCUGAGUUACCAUUUUACUAAGAAAUUGUUUUUUGAUUUUAAAGAUGAACACAGUUUGCAUAAUUUCAUUGAAUAAUUAUAGCUGGUUACAUUGCUAAAUUAUUUGAUAUGCGUUGUUGAGUAUUUUAAAAAUAUCUCUGUGUAAUAUUUAAUAAUUCAUGUAUAAAAUAUAUUGUGAAAUAUACUUUUAAUUAGUAAAUUUUAACAAAUAUUUAAAGAGAAAAAACUGUCUAGUUGUAGUUGCAAAAUUUUAUAUUAUUGCGUCGUACAGUGGGUGUUCUUACCUUAUUUAGUAAAUGUAGUUUUAAAUUUUUAAAAAGAAAAAUAAAUACUGUCUUGUUGCA